GCAGAGUCAUCAGGAGCCUACCGAGAAUCUCAAAACAGAUGUGAUCUGAAACACCACCUCACACUAUGACAUGAUGAGUGAUGAAUAAGUGCGCUCGUGCUAUCUAUAAAUCUACAAACAAAAGGUGAAAGAGAUAGAUCAUUACUAAUCAGGACUUUUAAAGUCAUCAUCACCUCGGGGCAAAAGUCUCCCUGCAAUCCUGUCUCUCGACCCCUCUGUUCUCCUGAGACCCGGCAGAGAGAUGAAGACUCCGCAGAUUAUCGGAGAAUCACCGCUGCUGCUGCUGCUGCUGCUGACAGCAGUUUGCAUUAACGGGUACAAGCCUGUCAUCAUCGUGCACGGACUUCUUGAUGGUCCAAAACAGUUCAAAACGCUGUCUCUUUUCAUAACCAAGGUGCAUCCUGGCACCGAGGUGACGAUAAUUGACUUGUAUGACGACCUGUGCAGCCUGAAGCCUUUGUGGCAUCAGGUCCAAGGCUUCAGGAAAGCCUUCGACGCCAUCGUGCAAAAGGCUCCUGAUGGGGUCCAUCUUCUCUGCUUCUCACAAGGUGGUCUAAUUUGUCGAGCACUUCUCUCCAUGGCUCCAGACCACAAAGUGCACACCUUCCUUUCUCUGUCAUCGCCACAGGCCGGGCAGUAUGGAGACACAGAGUACUUGAGGUGGGUAUUUCCUGACUGCAUAAAGAAGGAAGUGUUUCGUAUUUGCUACAACAGAGUGGGACAGAAAGUGUCUAUCUGCGACUACUGGAACGACCCUCACCAAAGGUCCCGCUACCUGCGGAGCAACAGCUUUCUGUCGAUACUUAACGGUGACAGACCUCACGUUCACAUGACAGCAUGGAGGGAAAACUUCCUGCGCAUCAAGAAGCUUGUGCUGAUUGGAGGACCAGAUGAUGGCGUCAUCACACCGUGGCAGUCCAGCCACUUUGGAUUCUAUGACAGCAACGAAACCAUUGUAGAAAUGAGGAAACAGGAGUUUUACAUGAACGAUACGUUUGGGCUGAAGAUGCUGGACGCUCGUGGCGACUUGUUGAUGUGCGUUCACUCUGGAGUGAAGCACGUUCAAUGGCACUCAAACUACACAGUGUUCAGGAGCUGCAUAGAGAAGUGGCUCAACUGAAAACAAACUCCCCUUCAGUGUGAGAGUGUUACUGCAAGGUAUUAUUAAACUGAAAUAUAGUAUAUGAUCUAAACUAUAUUUCAUUUGUAUGAUUUUUAUGCAAGACAGUAACCAUAUAAACCAAAAUCUUAUUUUGUAUUAUAUAGGAAUUAUUUUUUCUGCUAUUUUCCUUUAUGAAGGUGGGGACUGACAAGGUUUAAACAUCUUAAUAUUGUUUCCAUAAUGGAUUAUUUCCUUAUGAAAGAUUCAAAUGAGUUCAAAUAACCAAUGUUUAAAUAUUGGGAGUGCAGUUAUAUUUCCCUCCAUUAACAUAUUAAUUUCCCCCAAUAAAUAUGCCAAAUUGUGAAGCCUUUUGCUUCUAGGAAAGAUUCAUUAAAUGGAAAAUUCCAGCGUACAUUUGUCUAAUGAGAAAUUAUUACUUAAAGGUUUCAAUGCUCCAUUUUGUGUUGAGACUUUAUAUUAGAAACAGUUUUUAAAUGUUGUAAUCUGCUUGUUUUUAUUUUCUUCUGAACAACUACACAGUCCUGCAUUCUGAGUGCUUUGAAAUUUCCUUUAUAGAAACAUCUCAAAUGGUCCUUAAAACUUCAGGUAAUAGUCUGAAGCUACACAAUGAGCCACCGUUCACUGCCCCCUGGUGGACGGUUAUGGUACUGUGGAGUCUUGUAAAGGGUGAAUUCACAAAGCAUCUCUCAUGUAACUUGGUGUUAAUCGAUCCUUUAAGAAUAUCUGAAAUGUUGUACUUUAUAUCUGUAUUAAAGUAUUUUGCAGGAACA